AUGGUAACAGUUCUCUGUGACUGUGAGAGUGUAAUGAAUUCACGCCCCCUGACUUAUGUGUCCGAUGAUGCGGAGGAGCUAUCACCAAUAACACCUAUGAUGUUCCUACAAGAAAUAAGACAGGUGGGUGUUGCAGAUUUCGAUAUUUUAGAUCAAGAAAAAUUCAAAAAACGACUUGCAUACAGAAAUGAAAUCUGUCAAAAUCUUCGAAAGAGAUUCAGAACGGAAUAUCUUGGUCAACUUCGAGAAACUUCUUCAAAGACCAAAACUUCAGAAGCUCUGCAAGUUGGGGACAUUGUGAUAAUUUGGAAUGACAAUGUAAGCAGAAUUCAGUGGCCUCUCGGGCGUAUUUUAAAGAUUUUGCCAAGUAAAGAUGGACAUGCCCGAACUGCUAAGUUGCAAACCAAAUCCGGAAUCAUAAUCCGUCCUUUGAAAAAACUUUGUCCUCUUGAAGUCAACAAAACAACUGAAGAAAAAUUGACUGAACAACUAAAGAAGCAAGCUCCACCUCAGUGUGUGCCUCUGCAAACUCGUGCUGGAAGACAAGUGCGUGUUCCUGAUCGAUUUCAACCCUGA